AUGCGUAGCGUCUUCGGAAUGAGCCUUAUUCUCCACAAAAUUUCGAGCACAAGAACUUCCAAUAUCACUGAAGAUUCACAUACUUUUCUUACAGAGGAAACACAUGCAGAAAUAUAUUCCACAAAAAAAAUCGGGAUGUGUCAAGACAUAACAAAUGGCAACUCAAGCGAAUACAGUGAAGUUGAACACGAGAGAAGUUUGCAAUGUUCGUCGCACAAGUGA